CUUACUAAAUAUUAAUUAUAGUGUUCAUCUUAUAAUUAAGAAUGAAAAGUGUUCAAUUUAUGGCUUCAUUCUUUCUCUUGGCUUCGGCUUUCUCAUUUGCCUUGGCCUCCGAUCCUAGCCCUCUCCAAGACUUCUGUGUGGCCGUAGAUGAGCCCAAGAAUGCUGUGUUUGUGAAUGGGAAAUUCUGCAAGAACCCAGCUCAAGUUGUUGCCGAAGAUUUCUUCUUUCCUGGACUAAACAUUCCAAGAGAUACUUCAAAUAAAAAUGGAGUCAAUGUGACUCUCCUGAAUGUAGAUCAAAUAGCAGGACUCAACACCCUCGGCAUUUCUCUUGCUCGUCUCGACUACGCACCAAACGGUGGCUUAAACCCGCCCCACACGCACCCACGCGCCACCGAAAUCCUUGUAGUGAUGCAAGGAACUCUAUAUGUUGGCUUCGUUACAUCAAACCCUAACCGUCUUAUCUCGAAAGUUUUAUACCCCGGAGAUGUAUUGAAUUUGGCAAAAACAGAUUUGAUUCUCAUUCACUUGCAAAGAGAAGUUACAUCAGCUUUUAUACUCAAGCUGCUACUGAUUACCUAG